AUGAGUGCAUCCGGAACCAACACUCCAACUUCGGCUGAAGUUCAGACAGGUCCUGGCCAAGAAGCAAUCGUACAGCCGGAUGAAGAAGUAUACACCAUUGAGACUCGGAAGCCCACGAAGAAGAUAUUCGACGACGACGAGCCACUUGUUGAUACCACGGAGGCUUUGCAGUUGAGAUCAAAGAAGACCGAGCGGCUGCAAAAACGUCAGCAGAAGAGAUUGAAAAAGACGACAGUUCAGUCAGACACCAAAUCUUUCUUAGAAUUGCCUCACGAGCUUCUUCACGAAGUGCUUGCCUAUCUCCUCCCCAGCGACAUUAUCCGACUCCAACGCCUGAACAAAGCCACGGCAGCUUUCAUUCAGGAUAACGAAUCCAUCAUAGCUCGGGACAUUAUCCAGAGACGAUAUUGGGUUCUUGCCCGAAGCCUUCCACUGCCGGUUCCCCUGAGUCAAGUUUCUCUUCCCGCGCGAGCAUCACUCCAGAGUCAGAAAUGGCAAGAUCGAUUGCAGAUACACAAGAAACCUUACCAACACGUUCGACCCAUCGAUCCUCAGCAGUUCUGCACCUGCAUGACCUGCGUGAUAGCUUGGAAUACCCUGUGCGUAGUGCUUGAUCUCGCACACUUCCAAACAAACUUCAAUAACCGUGAACCGCUUCCUAUAAUCCCACGUGGUACAGAUCCUAAGUGGAACUCUGACCUGAUCCGUUUGAAUGCCGAGAUUGUCGAAAAGGCCGUACAGAGCCCUCUUCACUACGCUCGAAUCCUUGAAGCACAUCUCGCGACCACCGUCGGGACGAUAAACCGACAGUAUCGAGUCGGCAAGAAGACUUCCGCUCCAAAUCCGAAAAGAUUGUAUCAACUCUCACCGAUAGAUGUCGAAGAUGAAACAGAUGUGUUCUUGGAGAGAAGUGGACCGCCCACCUUGGACUUUCCAUUCCACCGGGAUCGCUAUCACUACAUUGAAGCAUAUGUCCCAAAUCGAGGUUGGUCGAAACUGCAAGGGAGGUGGAUGUAUCAGUAUGCUUCACCAAGAAAGGUGCACGAAAGCGAUCUCGAAUGGACUAUGAAAUAUUACAAGCCAGAUCCUGCUCCGGUGACUGACCACGGAGAUUUGGAGAAGGCGAUAGAAGAAGUAAGGCUCGGCAAGUAG